GUUGACAUUUAUCUUGCGGAUGAAGUCUCAAAAGGCAACUCUGAUGCUAUUCAAUUUGUCUUGGACUUGUUAGACCAUUUUGUUCUGUCUCCACCAGCCACGGCUCAACUAUCUCAAUCCUUAUUCACAGCAUAUGCAUCUUCAGGCAAUCAGGUCACUGCCGCAGCUGUAGCUGCAGCUACAACGGCAGCUGCUGCCAUCCACCAAACACAACGAAUUUCGUUUACCUCUGCUCCAUUGCCAACUUGUAUCAGUCAAGUAAGUUGA